UUGAGUGCUCGCGCGAGCACGUAAUAACGAAAAUGGUUCGUUCCGUUUUAUGCAGUCGUCUCGAGCUCGUUACACAACUGAACAUGGCUCACGAUCUUUACACCGUUAUCGAGUCGAUGGGAUGGAUGUAUCGAUUGUUCGGCAGCUUCCCUCUGAUUUUGAAGGGCCCGGUCGGCUCGAGGCAGUACGCCCUCAGCACCGCACUGGUGACCUACAACAUCAUAUUUUAUCUGGUCGUCGUCAAGCUGUUUUCCGACUGCCUCGGAUCGACUUUGCACACCUUCGAUGUGGGAAAUUUGAAGUUUUUGAUGAUCUUCACGAGAUUACUCGAGAAUGUGUUAACUGCCAGUGACUUUGCCAUUAUUAGAAUAAUUUAUUGCAAAACAAUCAUCUCGAACCUUAACAUUUUAAGCAUGCAAGACAAAGUCUUGAACAAAUUCGGCCACUCGUUCAAUUACAAAGUCAGAGCUAGAUUGACUGCUCUACUCACUAUCGUGACAUCGAUUAUCAUUUGUGGAUUGAUAAAUGCAGACCUGUACGCCCAGGAUUUUGCGGAAAUUCUUAUCCUCAGAAUCGUUGCGAAUAUUAAUUUUUUCAUUCAUUACGCUAAUAUUCUGCUGUUCGCUAUGCUGCUGCUGAACGUGGGCUCUCGUUUCGUGGCUCUCAAUAAACUGAUCGAAUAUAAUGACGCUUUGUCGGAGGAUGCGACAGCCGCGAUGGAAUUUUUGUGCGAUUUAGCCGAGGUCCACGCGCACUUGUGCAACGUGGCCAAAUCUUUCAUCAAAAUUUUCACCCUGACGAUUUUGAUCAGCAUCGCGGGAGCAUUCGUGUACGUGACGACCAUUCUGUACUACGUAUUCGUGUCCAUGAAGUACGGCAUCGCGACCGUGGGAGCUGCCAAUUUCUGCUCCAUGAUCAGCGUGCUGAUUCUCAACGUGUUCCUGGUUUUGAGCAUCGUACUGAGCUGCAGCUGGACGAGUUGUCAAGCCAACAAGACGAUAGAGAUUCUUCAGCGACUCGGCCUGAAAAAUCUCAAUGACGAGAAGAACAAUCCGCUGAUCAAUGUGACUAGACAUUUUUCAAUGCAAGUAUUGCAUCACAACUUAAUAUUUACGACUGCGGGACUUUUCUCACUGGAUUCGUCUCUGCUUCAAUCGCUAGCCAGUGCCGUAACGACCUAUCUGGUAAUCCUGAUACAAUUCGAACCACAAUUGACGUGAAUCUUUGUUAUCAAUUGAAGUUAGUUGCCAUAGAUAUUAUAUAUAAGCCUCAACCACGCCCGCGCGAAAUAAUUAAACAGGCUCAUCGUUAAGCGAUAUACGUAUGCACGUUAUUAUAUCUAUA